AUGGAGGAUGCUAAGAAAAAUGAGUUCAUUGCUGAACGUGCUUACAAGAACCUCUACACUCUGUCAAAUAUUGGCAACAAAAUAGUUGGAAGUAAAGAAAAUGAAAUAGAGGCUGUCGAGUUCCUGCUGAAGGAGCUCCACCAAGUGAAAGAGGAAUCACUGAAAGAAAUAUUCGACAUAGAAAUAGACCUAUCACAAGGCUCAGGCGUAUUUGAGAGGAAUAGUGCGAUAAGUGCAUAUCAAGGACUUCAAAAUAUUGCAGUUAAACUUACCCCCAAGGGCAGCACGAGUAAAUCCUAUCUUCUAGUUAAUAGUCACUUCGAUACUCUGCCAGGUGCUGGUGCCGGCGAUGCUGGUUUUAUGAUCGUCACGAUGUUGGAAGUUUUCCGUGUUAUGGCAAACACAAAUCAAUCCUUUGAGCAUCCUAUCGUCUUUUUGUUCAACGGAGCUGAGGAAACCGGUCUGCAAGCCUCACAUGCAUUCAUAACCCAACACAAAUGGGCACCAUUCUGCAAAGCUGUCGUUAAUCUUGAUGCUGCUGGCAGUGGAGGUCGAGAGAUUCUCUUCCAGAGUGGGCCCAAUCAACCAUGGCUAAUGGCUUACUACAAAAAGCAUAUAAAGCACCCACUUGCUACGACUUUGGCCGAGGAAAUCUUUCAAUUGGGACUUAUUCCAUCCGAUACUGACUUUCGACAGUUCACAACGUUUGGCAACAUUCCAGGCUUGGACAUGGCGCAGUGCAUUAAUGGAUUUGUCUACCACACAAAAUACGAUCUUAUCGAUGUGAUUCCUCGCGAAUCCCUUCAAAAUACUGGCGACAACCUUCUCAGUUUGAUCAGAGGUUUGGCCAAUGCAGCCGAAUUACACAAUACCGAAGCAUACAACACUGGUCACACUGUGUUCUUCGACUUUCUUGGCCUAUACUUUAUCCACUAUACGGAGACCACAGGAGUAUUCUUAAACAUUGGAGUUGCGGCAGCUGCCUUCAUUCUAAUUUACAUUUCAAUGUGGCGCAUGGCAGCCGUUUCUCAAGUUUCCUUCUACUAUGUGGCAUGCUGGUUUACAUUGGUCCUAAUCAUCCAGGUUAUUUCCUUUGCGCUCGGACUGGCUUUUCCCGUAAUUGUGGCAUAUGUAAUGGAUAAUUUAGGAUUAUCAUUAGCAUACUAUAGUACACCGAUGCUGGUGAUCGGAUUAUAUGUAUGCCCCUCACUAAUUGGCCUCAGUUUGCCCAUCACAAUCUUCUAUGCUCUACAGGGRAACAAAAAGAUUUCUACCGGCUAUCAGGUGCAACUGGUCCUACAUGGUCAGGCCCUCAUCCUGACUGUUUUAGUCUUUGGUCUUACAGUAUUUGGAUUGCGCUCAACAUAUAUUUUCAUAAUUCCUCUCGUGUUCUAUGUGCUACCCUUGGCUGUUAACUUAUUGACCACCUUGCAUGAUCGGGGCUAUGCUUGGGUGGCUCUUCAUAAACUGAGUCAAAUAAUUCCUUUCCUCUAUAGCAGCUACCUCUUUUAUAUAUUCAUUGUGGUAAUGACACCAAUGGGAGGACGUGCAGGCAGUGGUUCCAAUCGGGACUUGUAUAUUGCUGUCUUGGCAUCAGCAGGAGCAAUCCUUUCAUUGGGUUUAUUGAUCCCGCUUAUCAACACCUUCCGUCGACCUAGUUACGUUGUAAUCUCUCUUUUAGUAAUCACAGCCCUCUCCAUAUACUUGGCCAGCAGCACAAGAAUCGGAUUCCCGUAUCGGCCAAAGACCAACGUUCAGCGUUUGGAGUAUCUUCAAGUUCGAAACAUGUUCUACGAAUACGACGGAACUCUGAGUAAAGACGAAUCAGGAUAUCUUUUCAAUUUCGAGGAUCGACUAGUAGAAAAGCCACUCAUAGGAACGAGUGUCAAUCUGACGGGCUGGGUCAGCAUUGAAUCGAGGUGCAAUGCCCACAUGUUUUGCGGAAUGCCUUUGUACGACUUACGCUUCGUGCGGAAUCAAAUUUGUGGUGAACUCAACAACGAUCCGCAUUGA